AUGCUAAAAAGAAGGAAGAACAGAAAGACAUUGAUGUUGCUAUUGCUUAUUUUCAUCAAGAAGUUAGUAGAGGUCCAGAGUUUGUGUGCUGUGUCUGUCACCGUUUACUUUUCAGAAAGCAGGUUAGAGAGUGCAGAAUGGGUUGCUAUGAAGACCGAGGGGAACAAAUUGCUGCUUUGGCAAGAAAAUGUAUCACAAAUAGAUAUGUGCAUGUUUGUGGUGGUGAUAAAAUGUGCUAACUCUUCUGAUUAUUCUCCAGGGUGCAAAUUGUGGAUCUGUCCAACGUGUCAUCGAAAAAUCCUUUGUGGAAAACUGCCUGAAGAGAGUAUUGCCAACAAUAUGCAUUUGGUGGACAUUCCAAAUCAACUGAAGUGUCUUAACUCCUUGGAACAACAUCUUGUUGCACGCAACAUUGCUUUUUUGAAGUUGCUCUGUCUUCCCCGUGGAAAACAAAAUGGCUGCCAUGGACCUGUAGUGUGUGUGCCUGUAAAUACAGCAGAUGUGUCUAAUAUUCUUCCACGGAAUGAAUGUGAUGACAAGAUGAUCAGGAUCAAACUGAAGCGCAAGUUAACCUACAAAGGGCAUUAUGAGUACAAGUAUGUACACACUGAUCGUGUUAGAAAUGCUCUGAAAUGUUUGAUCAGAAGCAAUAAGUGGUACAAAGAUGUGCUGAUUAAUGAACAGUGGAUCAACUCUUUGAAUGAGCUAGAAGAGAAUGUUCCUGAUGAAAUGGAGGAACAAGAUGUAUUUGAAAAGAGUGAAGAGGAAAAUGAUCCUGAAGAACAGCAAGAGGAAGACUUGACUUACAUCAAAGAGCAAAGUGGUCUUUUGUCAGACACAUGUUUACAACCUGUGGAUCUUGGUUCAGAAAUAAUUGAUCAGCAUUUUGAAGAUGUGUUAAAUGUGGCACCAGCUGAAGGUAACAGUCCAGUUAAAUUACUAUCUGAUAAAAGCAAUGAAGCAAAAUGUUUCCCUGUUCUCUUUCCAACUGGUGGUCCAACAUUCCAUGAUGAGAGGGAGGAAAAAAUCACAUUGUCACGAUAUCUUAAUGCACGGAUCCUCAACGCAGAUGGACGUUUUGCAAGGAGCACAGACUUCAUUUUCUAUGCACAAUAUAUGUCGGAGUUGGAUAAAAUUGUAUCUAAUGUUUCCAUUGCUUUGCGAAAAGGGUCAGACAAGAGGAUGUUAAAAGAAGUAACAUCCGACAUGCUCACAAACCCAGAGUCAUUAGCUAAAAUGUUGAAUUAUGAUGAAGGAUACAAGUUUUUGAGACCAGUCCGUGGAACGCCCCCCUAUUGGCAAACCUCUCAAAAGGACCUUUUUGCACUCCUAAGACAACUAGGUAUUCCGACUUUCUUUGCAUCUUUUCGCUCUGCAGAUCUCCGAUGGCCUGAAAUGAUAAACACCAUUCUAAAGCAAGAAGGGAAAAAAUUCAAUGUUGAUGAGCUUGACUGGUCUGAGAAAUGUGGACUGAUUAGGCGAAAUCCAGUUACUGCAGCAAGAAUGUUUGAUUAUAGGUGGCAUUGUUUUUUGAAAGAUGUCAUUGUCACCCGCUCAACCUAUUGGAAAGAUAAAAGACUACUUUUAUCGUGUAGAGUUUCAACAGCGUGGCUCUCCUCAUGUUCACUGUCUGUUUUGGGUUGA